GUUUAUUUUUUUGAUAUUAUUAAAUGGACGAUUCAACUGAAAUUCUAAAGAAAAAAGAAGGACAAUUUUGGGGGAAUCUGUGAAAUUCGAGCAGUUUACCUAUGAAAAAGAUCAUGGAACCGAAGCUCGUCAAGGAAGAAACGGCCGAGAAGGACGCCGCCGGUAGUAAUUUUAUUGAUACUUCAACCGUAAUGAGAACUAGAUCUUCGAAAGUAACUCCUAAAGAGCGAUGUAAAACUCCGGAUUCACCGGAAGGAGCGAGAGUGGUACCACCACCUUCUCCGACGCAAUCCUCGCCCCAUCGAACUUCGGGAAAUGGAGCAAGUUCACCUGUGAAUAACGGAUCGGCAGACAGCCUAACACCGCCCCUUCCGGCCUCCGCUCUAUCAGUAAAUUUGGACGCAACACCCGCCCAGCAAUACAAUCACAGUUACGCGUCGUGCAUAACGCGUCCUCUGGUGAAAGUGAAGAGAUUCCUCAGUACGUUAGUCCAAUUUGGAACCGAUAUAAGCUCGGAUAUUGGUGAAAGAGUACGAAGUCUUGUUCUAAAUUUAGUUAGUUCAAAUUUAAGCAUAGAAGAGUUUCACCAUUCGCUACAGGACGUGACCAAUUUCCCACUGAGACCGUUCGUGUUGCCGUUUCUUAGGGCCCAUUUACCGUUACUGCAAAGGGAGAUCCACGGACUGGCAAGAGCCAACAAACAGUCACCAUUGCAAUACGUUCGUUCACACGAGCACGUCAUCUUGGACCCAGCACAUUCACCCUCUGAACCUUCGGAAAUCUUUCUACCAAACGAGACCCAAAUGACCGCCGUUGGCACUGGCGUUAAGAGAAGAGCCUCCGAUAGUAUCUACGAGAACGGCAUCAACGGCCAAAUCCAUCAAGACCCACAAGACUACAAUUCUUCAGUUAAAAGACAAGCGACUCAAAAUUCGUUUCUUUUCUCCCAUCAAAGUCUUCUCCUACCAAACGUAAAUCCGGCUGUUCCAAACUCACAUUUCUUCGAUUAUUCCCAACAUAGUCACAAUUACGCCGCACAACACCGCCCUGAAGACGUGGCGGACACCAAAAAUCUUCAAACUCGUGGAGACGAAGAAUGGAGGAAUAUUCACGUAAUGUUAAAUUGCAUACUUUCAAUGGUCGAAAAAACAAAACGAGCCCUCACAAUACUCCAACAAAGAAAUAGUCAAGAUAUGACUAACGAAUGGUUUCGUAAACAAGACGUAAGUGUUGAUUUAAAAAAAGCGGCCAACGAAAUCAUGAUGCAAGCGGUUAAACAAACCGAGGAUAGAGUAGCAGAAGUGAAGCGACGAGCUGAAGAAGCUGUUAAUGACGUCAAAAGACAAGCCGUUAUUGAGCUUCAAAAAGCAGUCGCUGCCGCUGAAACGAAAGCCAACGAAUUAAUCGUUGCCGAAAGAGCUAAAACUGAAAAGUUGUUGUUAGAUGCAAGGAAACAUAGCGAUGACGGGUCUAAUCACCAAGAAAGCAAUGAAAAUUCACCUUCUAAUAUUCCACAACCGUCUCAACAAAAUUCUUGUUGGAAUUGUGGUAGAAAAGCUCACGAAACAUGUUCCGGUUGUAACAUAGCAAGAUAUUGCGGCCCAUUUUGUCAACAUAAAGAUUGGGAAAAUCACCAUCAAGUGUGCAAUAAAGAAAAAAUGCGGCCUAUUCGAUCUUCGACGCCUAGCACAACGGUUUUACCAACCCACCAGACCAAUAAUCCCCCGGAUACGGGAAAGUUUAAAAAGUGACCCGCAAGAAAAACGAGGAAAAUCAAGAAAUAAUAAUAUUAUUCAAUUCAAAAAUACUUACGUGUAAUAUCUCGUCAGCACGAUCCAGAUUAAGUUUUCCUUUCUGCUAUGUAUAUUCGCGUCGGAAUAAUACCAAAGAAAGAUUGUAAUAAAUGUACCUUACGCCGUUAUAGUAGCUCCAAUUUUUUAGAUGUGGUCGUACUACGGUUCCCAAGUUUUUAAUUUAUUCUAGUCUCUCGUCCUAAGAUUCGCAUCGGCAAUAAGUGUAGAAUGUUAAUGCAGGGUGUUAUAACUUUGAAUAGUAAGUUUUUUAGGAAAUAUUUAUAUUCAAUGUAGAGAACAUAAAUUUCUUAUGAAAGAACUUUAAAUGCUACAUUUUAAUAAAUUAACUGAUUAUUAUUUAUAAUAGUUAUUAGCAAUCAAAUUAUUUUAUUAGAUUUCUGUAUCUUAUACGAACUAGAUUCUGUCGCUGGAUACACAAAAUUCAAUUUAUUUAUUCGUUGGAUUUUCUCUGUAGUCUCACGGUUUGGAAACCUAGGACUUUAUGGAUAGAGCUUUUUCCAAAUUAUCUCGGUUUUAUUAUUGCCAUAGAAAUAAUGCAGUAUAUAAUAACUGUCUGUUAAAUAUUUCCGUUUCCCAUCGCAUCCCUAAAGAUCUGAUUCAUUGCGACUUGAAUGCACAUUUAAAACUAAUUAAUGCUUGAUAUUUCCACGAUAAAAUCAUUGUUUAAAAUGAUACCUUUCCCAUACCAACAACUUAAUUAGUAGCUAAAUUAUUACUGUAUAAAAAGUUGUAAAUAAGGUUGAAUAAUAGUACUUAUCUACUAACAUUUUAAAGUCAUUGCUCACAUUCUUAGCACUCCAACUUGCUUUCUCUCAAAUUAGAUUGCAAUAUCAAUUAAAUAACUACCAUUACUUAUUAAUCAAAUUUAGUGCAAAUGUAAGAUUCAUUUAAUUUAAUCCCUAAACUAAAACGUAGACAUUCUUUUAUAAGAACUUUUGUAUAUCAAUUCCCAAAACUGCCUAGCUGGGACGGAGCUAUAAGUUUUGAGUGAGUAAAGAAAAAAAUUUGAAAAUUUGGGAAUCACUAAAGAGUAAUAGAAACUGCAUUUUUAACAACCCCUGUCGAGUUUUACCUUAUUUUAACGGUAAUAAAAAAAGAAACACAACCCCAUAA